UGUCUUAGGUUAUAAAUUAAAAUGACUUCAUCAAGAGAGGCAUUACUUAAUCUUUGUUCUGAACAUAAGCCUAAGGUAGCCAUAUCUAAAAUACUUGGUUCAAUCAAAUUUGAAAAGAUUUUAACAUUUUUAAAUGAUGAAGUGGCUAGUUCAUCAAUGAAUGUUGUGAUUUUAUUGAAGAUGCUUUAUGAGCAUUUUUCAACAAGCGAUGAUGCACUUGAAAAGCAAAUAAAGAUAACUAAAGAAAUAUUCAAACAGCUGAAUAAAAAAAGUUUACCAACCAAUUUUUUGGCUGAAGUUAUGGCCUGUUUGUUGAUGCAGCUUGAUGCAAUUCCUUCAAAUUAUUUGGUUGAGCUUGCAGAUCACUUUUUGUCAGAAAUCAUUCAAAAUAAUGUUGAAAAUGAGCUAAUCUUUGAGUUGUUUACAAAAGCAGUUUCAAAUCUGAUGUCAUUUGAUGUCAUUCCAACAGUUAAAGGAAAUGUGGAACCAAACGAAUAUCUUAAAAUGAUACUCAACAAGCUAUGUGAAUCAAAUUGGAAAUCAGAUGCUGUUUUAUCUAUUGUUAAAGUCUUAAGAGAUCUACCUUUAAAGGAAGAACAAAUUCAUGAUAUGGUGCAAAAAGUUAUAAAGAUGUUCCAUGAUGUUCCACAAGAUAUUAUUCCUCAACUCAUAUACCAUUCACUUAUAUUUACAAGUAAGAGCUCCAAACAAGAAUUGUUUAAGUCAGUUAUUGAGUUUUUUCAUUUAAAUUCAUCUGCAAAUGUUGAUGAAGAUUUAAAUCCAUUUCUUCGUGAUACUGGUGAUAAAAAGUUUAGAGAAGUUGAGAAAAAGACAUUAGAAAGAAUUUUAUUUGCUGCAAAGCAUGAACUUACUAUUGGAAAAGAUUUUAUCAAAUUAAUGAAGAAUGAAGAAGCAUUAAAUGAAAACUUACUGUCACCGUUCUGUUUUGGUAUUUGUUUAACUUUAAUUGGUAUUCACCAACUUGAAGAGCAGAUUUUUGAUUUGCUUAAAUCAUUAAUAAUGAAAGUUUUUAAAGAAGAUGAGAAGAGAAAAAGAUCAAAAUGGGUUAGAGAUUUGUUUCCAUCAACAAUUGAUUUGGAAAAGAGUUUAUUAAAAGUUGCUACAUACUGUAAAACAUAUUGGCAAGAUAUUACUUUAAGAAUGGUGGACCUCGGUUUGGUUCUAAUUGAUAACUACACGCCAAAAGUAGGAGAGCAUUUUUCAAUACAUUCUAAUUCUACAAUUCCAUUACAAAGGUCUUGCUUGCUUGGUGUCAAGUUGUUGCAAUCUAUUUUUAAGGAUAUAGAGACAGCAAGAGAAAGUAUAAUUGAAGGAAUUCUAAAUGUCAUAGUUUUAAAAGUACAAAAUGACAUCAAGCACUAUCUUGAUUUGCUGUCUCUUUUGGUGGCUAGUGUUCCACAGAUAGUUCUUGACUGCAUAUCAAAAUUUAAAGAUGUUUUUGACUACGUAUCUACUUUAAGUGUAACAACUGCUGAAGGUCUUCUAAAAGCUGUUUUACCAUUAAUGAAAGUCAGUCUCACAAUUAAAGAUUCUUUGAUAUUGGUUUUAAAGAAAUCAAUGUUUUCUAAAAACCUUGAGUCAAGGAAAAUAGCUGUAACUGGAUUUUUAUUGAUUCUCAAACACUUUAGAAUAGAUUUGGAAGGAGGUGGCUUUUCACUUCCUAGUCAAAUUGCUUUCUCUCAAUCAUACUCCUGCAGCCAAGUAAUAGUGUCAACUCAAGGGCGAUACAAUGUUGCAGCCAAUGAAGCUUUCUGUCUUGAAAUACUGGGUAGUCUUAAGAAGUGCCUGAGUCAGGACAGUUAUGUUCGUCAGCAGCUUUAUGAGGGGAUUUAUGAAGUUAGCUGCAGAAAUCCACAGUUGAGCAAUUCAAUUCUUGAUCUUUUGUUUUCGCAAUUUUUGAAGUAUUUUAUUAGAGAUCCGAUUAUCCUGCCUCCAUUAGAUUUAAAUUUGUGCAUUGGGGAAGAAGAUGAAAAGGCUGUUAUUUUAGAACCUUUACCCUAUUUGCUGCACGCGCUACAAAUGUGUGCUAGUAAAUCUGCAAAAAGAUUAGAUCGCGAUGAAGAUGAAGAUGAGUCUCUUUCCCAUCUAUUAGACGAUGUUGAGGAGUGUUUGGCUUCACUUACAAAAAGACUUAUCAAAUCAAGUUUAGAAGAUUUUGACAUGGACAAAAGUACAGACUUAAGCGGUUCCUCUGAAGGUUUGAAAAAUCAUAUCAAAGCAAAAAUGUUGCUUGGUGUCUAUGAAGUAUUUAUUGAGUAUAAUUUUACCAAUGCUGCUACCAUAAGUAUUGAUACAUGUAACAUUAUUAAGGAGUUAUUUGAACAGCAUCAAAAACUUUCCGAACUCAUUCAGGAUGCAGUUACAGUUGCUAAAAAGAGUCGAUCUGCAUCAAUAAAACAGACAUAUUGUUCUCUGUUUUCGUUUAAAUGCUUGGCAAACUUGUUUUACAGUAUUAUAUGCGAUAAAAAGCCAACAAAUGAGCCUGGUUUAGUGUUGUUGCGACAAUCAAUGUAUAUAUCCAAGUUAUUAGCUUCUUCAAUUCUUAUGAAACUUCAUCAGGUAGUUAAUUUUGCUCAAUGCAAUGGCACUGGGGGAGGAAAUCUUCAACAUAUCUUUCGACACAGUUUAAAAGUUGCUAAAUCAGCGCUUAUUCAAGUAAAUGGUGAUUCUCUUAUAGCUGAUGAAGUUUUAAAGUUAGAUAAGGGUAAAAAAUUAACAAGUUUAUGCUUAGAAAUGUUAUCUCAAGUAAUUGGUUUCACAAGUAUUCAUAUCCCUGGUCAACUAUCAUCUCUGUUAGAAAAGCUAGAUUUUUCACCCGAUGUAAUCAGUCAAGCUGAUGCUGUUGCAGAUGGUAGUCUUGUAUUCAAGUUGAUUCGUCGAAUACAAAGAAUGGCAAUUAAAAUAAUAACAUCACCUGAUGAUGAGUUUGGUGUUAAGGAGGCACAAACAUUGAUGAAUGCUUUAUCAUAUUUAAUUCCUCAUCUAUCCUCAGAUAGUGAAGAGUUUCAGCAGAUGUAUAAUUGGUUUUCGAGGUUAUGUUGUGAACAUGAAAUAAAAGAUGUUAUUUUAUCGAAAAAUGUUCUUGCAAAGUAUCUCUGCAUUCAUCGUGAAAGCAAAUUAAAUAAUUUGAUUAUUGUAAAGUUAUGCCAGGAUUUGCAUAGUUGUAUUGGAGAUAUUGAUGAGGAUGUUGAAGUGGAAAAGCGUUCUCAUUUCAAAAUCAUAAAUGAAAAAACUGCUACAUCAUCAUUUAUACUUAUGGUUGAUCAAAUUGAAAUUAUUUUAGAAGAAAUUUUAUGGUGUCUAACUAAACUAAAAUGUACUAUAGAUGAAAAUAAAAGAAUUAAACUUCAGCAGAGUGUUUCAGAGACUUUAACCAGUAUAGUUUUUUCUCUCCACGAGCUGACACAGACUGCAUUUCCACAAGGAAUGUGUGUUGAUGCAAUCACUAGGGUUUUAACAAAAUUGUACACUAUCUUUGCUACUUUUGUGAAACAUUUACUAUCUUUGUACAAUCAAAAGUGUGGUGGGCUUCCACCAAAUUUUGAAAAAAUGGUAAAGUUAAGUGGGAGCCAUCUUUCACCACAAGUCUAUGCAAUGAUAACUUACAUACAAACUGUACAAUCAAAUCUGUUUAAAGAUCAAUCAAUUAGUGGGACAAGUAAAAACAAGAAGAAAGUUAAUCUAACAAGAAAAAAUAAGGCACUUAAAGAAUCUCGUUCUAUCCCAAAUCUAAUAUAUUUUAUUGAACAAUAUGAAAGCUGUUUAAUCUUACUAUCUAAAAAAUCAAAGAUUGAUUUAAUGAGUGGGAUGAAACGUAGCACUGCUAGAGACUUUCGUAUAAAUCAAAAAUCUCUCGAAGAAGCACUGUUGGAACCAUCUGAUAGUAGUCAAGAUAACUCAAUUGUAUCCUCGAUCGAUUUAACUCAAGAAGACUCUUCUUCAAAUAAAAGUAUAUCUCAUAGCGCAAAACGGCAGAAAAUCUCUUAGUUUAAUCAGUGUUAUUUAUUAUGUUACAAGUAUAUUUAAGCCAUUUUUUGUUGUUGUUGUUGUU